GCAAUAUUAUCAAGCCAGCUCAAGUGACUUGCAUGCAGUUUUCUCGUGGAACUUAAGGGUGUAACUGGUGGAUUUACACACCGUUUAUAGCAAUAAGCAGUAGCUAAACAAUAACCAAAUUUAGAAGGGAUAUUACCUCUUGACUGCAAAUAACAGCACUGUUCCUCGAAAAAUCGUUUUGCGGAGCACAGGGGAAUUUGGAGAAUUUGUUUCAUCUCUGCAGGGGAUCAGCUGAUCCGAGUCACCAUAUAGACAAGCUGGCGAGUUACUCUGGUACAUUUGUUGGUGUAAAUACAGUAACCGCCAAAACGAAGUUUCCACAGUCCAACGUAUUCCAAGGGAAGGUUAGAAUGCCUGUCCUAAGUAAAGACACCCUGGCCAUGAAGUUCCGCCAGAACUGGCUGGCCAAGCACCCUAUGGAGGCAGCCACUCCAUCCAGUGGUGGCAAUAGCAGCGGCAAUAAUGGCAAUCUAGAUGACAGUCUGACUAGUCUCAAUUGGUUACAAAAUCUAAAUAUCAUGAACUUUGGUGCUGCACCCACGCCCCCAGCAAGUCCACAACCACAAGUGGAAUGUGCCAAUGAUGGAAAAGUCGACCCUAAUGCCAUUCUCAACUAUGCAUCAACGCCAAUAAAAGUUGAACCACCAAGGUCCUAUGACCUCAUGCCUGCCACGCCAGUUGCAGCAGAAAAGAUAGACUAUAAAACUAAUCCAUAUGUCAAGCCACCUUAUUCCUAUGCUACCCUUAUAUGCAUGGCCAUGAAGGAGACCAAGAAAGCCAAAAUGACCCUGUCAGCCAUCUAUAACUGGAUCACAGAUAAUUUCAUGUACUACAGAGUGGCAGAUCCUAGCUGGCAGAACUCAAUCCGCCACAACCUGUCCUUGAACAAGUGCUUUCAAAAAGUUCCAAGAAGAAAAGACGAGCCUGGUAAGGGAGGAUUCUGGCGUAUCAAUCCAGAUUACAAUGACCAGCUGGUGAAUGGGAUUUAUAAAAAGAGGAGGUGCAGCACGCGUGACAGCACCAGCAACAGUGCCAUUUCUCCUGCCAAAAAGUCAAAGAAAGACAAUGACAGCAAAGCAGAGGAUGGCAAAGUGAAAGUGAAACAGGAGCCAGGCUACGAUGGGAGAACAAUUCACCUUGAUGACGAUCACCAUGCUUUGAAGGGAGACUUCAGUUGGAACUCUAUUUUGAACCAGGAUAUUGAUAUUAAUGGUGUGAAGGUAAAAACUGAGGACAUAAUCAGUGACCGCACAGCUAGUCCAUUAACUGCAAUGAGUCCGCCACUCUCUGAUGAUGCAUCAAACUCGGCAUUUGAUGAGAUCUUUGGCACAGACCUCUCAGAACUGGGCACAGACCCUGCCCAAGACAAUGAUGAUUCAUCUGAUGAGUCCAAACCUCUGGACCUCACGGUCCAAGGGGUCAAAAUUGAGCCCCCAGAGUGGUGGAAUGAGAGUUUUAACCUCUCUGGAAGCACGCGGGGACUUCUUUCCCCCAUCAACAUGGACUCGAAUGCCAGUGGACUGCACACACCUAUAGCUCCCAGUCCUGUGCCCUCAGUGAUAGACCACUCCCAUCCCUGGGAGGAGAGUGACAGACUAGACAUUGAUGCUGCUAUUGCAGCACUCAGUUGUGAACACUUGUUUGAUCUAGGCAGUAUACCCAGCCCAAUACUUUCAUAGUGAAAUAUGUAGGAAAGGCAUCUGCAAAGGCAUGUGUGAUCAUUUCUAAAGUUGUCUAUCAGUAUAAAGCCAAAUGUAUUGUGCCAGUUCAUAAUAUCCGUCCAUUUAUGUGAAUUUUAAAAAAUUUGUUUCACAUUUAUAGUGAAGAAAUUUUCAUGAAAGCAUACUGUUGUGGUAUGACCUUUAAAAGUUUUUAUAUUCUAGGUAUAUGUAUAAUAUGCACAGAUUGUUUUUGCAGUGAAUAGGUGCAAUUAUUUGAAGGAAGGGGGUAGUUAGCAAUGUUAUUUGUUGAAAAAAAAAGAUUUUGGAAAGCUUUGAAGCAGGUGAACUAUAUCCAUUUAAAGGGCAACAGUUCAUCCAGUAAGGCAAAUUUUGCGUACAUGUGGGUUUAUUAUUAUUUUUUUAAGUCAUCGACACACGACCAAAAUUGCAUGAAUGGGUCUACUUUCAUGUGGGGUGAAACAUUCUUCCAGAUUCAUUCUAUGCUGACCAUUGAUCCAGAUUAUGUUGAAACAAGCACAUGCUUCAUUGACCACAUACAAAACAGCCGCUAGGUUGAAAGCCUGUCUUUUCAGUGCACUUAUACAAAAGUUCUUUGUAUCAAUUAAAGAGCUUGAUAUUUACAAACAUGCACUGGAUCAAUGGUACCCCAAUACAGCAGGUUCAUGCCUGGAACCCCAACAGGUUUAGGAGUGAAAGGUGGCUCAGAUUUCAUUUGGGAAACCCAUGCACAGGUGCCUACAUGUCUGGGCCCAACUCGCAUAUUUUCAUGUAUUCCCCCCUGACGCAUUGGCUGGUCCAGUUUUUCAUUAUGCCAUUUAAUCAUCAAAAAUUAGAGG